AUGACUUCCCAUGAUGAGUCUGACGGACAUGCGCGCAAGAGCGGGACACCCUUGCACGCGACAGCACAGGAAGUCCAACACAUUGACUCUGAUGCUGUUCAAAUAGACGUUGUGGUGCCAAACAAACAACUCGAGUCCGAGACUGAAGUUACCACCAGCGUCGAACGGAUCCCAACAAAUGACAGACCGUAUUCAUCGUUCACAAGUCGACAAAAGGCCAUCAUUGUCCUGGUGGCCACUCUCGGAGGAAGUUUCAGCCCCUUCAGCACUUUCAUCUACUUUCCUGCCAUUGAUACCAUCAGCCACGCCCUGGGUGUGAGCGUCUCCGAUGUCAAUUUGACCAUUACCACGUACAUGAUCUUCCAAGGCAUCUCGCCAUCCUUCACUUCGGCCAUAGCGGACGACUAUGGUCGCCGACCAGCAUACAUGAUCGGAUUCACCAUUUACCUCUUUGCCAACCUCGGCCUGGCCCUUAACAAAUCCUACGCGGGCCUCCUGGUUCUGAGAUGUGUCCAAAGUGCUGGGAGUUCUGGCCUCGUGACCCUGAUGCAGGGCACCAUGGCAGACAUUGUCACCAGCGCAGAGCGAGGCAAAUAUAUUGCUAUUACCAGCCUGGCUAGCAUAUUAGCACCGAGUCUGGCGCCCAUUCUCGGCGGUGUACUGGCUCAGCAUCUGGGAUGGCAUUCAGUCUUCUGGUUCUUGCUGAUCCUAGGUGGGGUGUAUUUCGUGCCACUGGCGCUCUUCUUUCCAGAGACCUGCAGAUCGGUGGUUGGAGAUGGCUCGAUUGAACCGCCGAAGUGGAACAGAUGCCUGACGAAUUUGUCGAAACAGCAGAAGAAAUCGGAGGGAGAAAGCGGAUCCGAGAAAGGCACUCCUCCCGAAGACAAACCUGAGAAGGAGAAGCCCAGUUCGCGACGACGGAAAUGGGAUGUCUUUGGCUCCCUCACCAUUGUCGGUGAUCCGGAGACCACGAUCUUGCUCUUGUACAUGGGUAUUAUCUAUGCCGGAUUCUAUAUCGUCUCAACCAGUCUCACUGUCCAGUUUCACAUCAUCUACGGGCUGAGCAGCACUCUGCAAGGACUGCUCUUUAUCCCGCAGGUGGUGGGCACGAUCUUGGCGACGAUAACCAAUACGAGGCUCCUCGAUAGAAACUUUAAGAGACACGCGCUCAAGGCUGGGCUGGAGGUUGACCGCAAGAAACAGGGCGACUUGAUCAAGAUGCCGAUCGAGCAGGCCAGGCUGGAGAUCGGAAUGCCCUUUUUUGCCUUUGGGGCGGUCUUCAUCGUCGUCUACGGAUGGCUUUUGGAGAAGCGAGUCCACAUUGCAGGACCGAUUAUCAUGCUCGGCGCCAUAGGGUACACCACGAUGGUCGGGUUCAACACGAUCAGCGUGUUGAUCAUUGACUUGCACCGGAAACGAGCAGCGACGGCCAGCGCAGCGUCGAAUCUUGUCCGGUGCCUUUUGGGUGCCGGGGCGAGCGCUGUUGCUAAUCCGAUGAUCGCGGCGAUUGGGAACGGGUGGACUCACACGCUUGUUGGGUUGGUCGAGUUGGCCACACUGCCGCUCCUGAUGGUGACGAUGAGGGCGGGAAUGAAAUGGAGGGCGAAGAAGAGGGAGGAUGGAGAGAAAGAGAGAGUAGAGACUGUAUGA